AUGAAUAUUAAGUUCGUUUACAACUAAAAGACACAUAAGAUCUCCUCAAAAAAUAAAACUCUGGCUGAAGUUAGGGGCGCCAUCUCAAAUGUUUACCCUAAUGAACUUCAGAAUGGAUUUACUAUAUAUGUUACUUUAGAUUAAAGUAAAAUAUUUAAAAUCAUUUGUAGCUCAACCACCUUAUCAGUUGUAGGAUGAAUAGUUUUUUUCAAGAAUAAAGGACUUAUAUACUCAUUUAGGAUGGCAAUCAAUUAAGAUUAUAGUCAAAGACAUCAACAAUCCUGAAUUGACAGCAGAUGAUAUCAACACCCUAAACUAAAGUGUAGUUAUAAAGUAGAAUGCGGAAUUGUCAUAAUUUGAUGAUAUAUUCCAGAAAAAGGUUGCAGAUAAACCAAAAGAAGAGAAAUAAGAAAUCAAGUAAAGUCAUACUCAGAAUUAAGAAAAUAAUGUUGCUGAAGGAUUUACAUAAUAGUAAACUAAUUUAUGCUAUUUUAAGAAUAAUUUAACAGAUUAGCAAGCUUUCUUUACAGGAUGUUGAUUGCAAUAAUGAAGAAUUCAAAAAGUUUAUCAUCGAAUAAGUAGAUGAAAGAUUGGUGUUCCAUGGAAUCAUAGUAAACAAUAAGAAGGUGUAAGUUUAAAAUGAGAAUCAAAUAAACCCAUAAUACAAGAUGCAAGUAAUGUAUAAAUAGAACAAUGAAAUUUAAAUGGAGUUGGGGAAGCCUUACAAAUGGGAAAUGCAUUUAAAAAAUGAUGGCAAUGUUAUUUGGAAGAAAGGCUCUGUAAAGCUCGUUGGUAUAGCUGGAACAUAUAAGGACUUAAAGAUAGAUGUAUAUUAAAUAUAUGAUGGAAUUUUAGUUAUAAAAUGAUGUGAAACCAUAGGAAGAGGGAUUGUUCUAAUGUAUUUUGAAUCCUCCAGCCCAAGAGGUCAAUAAUGUCAAUAAUGAGUUUAAAGUAAGCAUUUUUUAAUAUGUAUUUAGUUGGCUCAUUACAAUGGAAAUAAGCCAGAGUUUUUUGGUUAAAAAGUAUGCUUUUGUCUAUUCGUGAAGAAGAAUAAUGAAAAGAAUGAAAGACCAUCAACAAUAACCCAGAAGGAUGCUAAAUUUAAUGGUAAGAGUGCAUAAAUAUUAUAUAGCUACUAUAAAUGAUUCGAAAUUAUAGAAGAUAUAACAUCUUACAGAAAUCUUGGGAAUUCAUCAUUCUUAAGCGUAACAAUUUGUUGAAGAGAACUAAAAACUAAAGAUCGAAGAACUAAUUUAAGCAUUUUAUGACCAAAAAAUUUGAUCUAAGAUUUUCAUUUAACAAUAUCUA